GCGCGUUCGUUUUCCCUAUCCCUCUAUUCUCUCUCUUCACACUCUUCCAGGUACACGCCCUUUGACUUGUCGGGGGGGAAAAGUUUAAGAAAAACUACAGCACGGAAGAGAUUCCACAGACCGUCUAGUUUAGCAAGUUUGCUGGUUCAGAGAGAGAGAGAGGCGGGUUGAAGAGAAGGAAAGUGAGAAUAGCAUAAGAAAAACAGGAAAAAGUUUCGUCGAUUCUUUUUAGGUCAAAAUUUUACGCGCUCAUGGAGGCGGCCAUUAAGACUAUAGUGGAGGUGUAUCUGAAGUCCUCCGGGGGGAAGGACAGCCUGAGCGCCGGCGCCUUCCAGAAGCUGGUCAAGAAGCAGCUGCACAACAUCAUGACGGACACGGACAGCUCCAAAGCCAUUAAGGACAUGCGUCAGGGGCUCGACGACAACCAGGACGGGAAGGUCAGCUUCCCGGAAUUCAUGACCCUGAUUGGCUACCUGUCCACCUCGCUUAGCGAACAGCGCGCCAAGGAGGCCAACCCUGCAGAGACGCCAGAGGCGGGAGAUGGCGCGGCGGGGGACCAGGAGGCCACAUAGACUCCUCAACCUGCAACGGCCAUGCCCACACACUACCGUGUUAACACGUACCAGUUAUAUACCGUAAUAUGCCAAUCAUCAUACCCCAGUAUAUCACUACACACUACACUACAUAGCUCAUAUGAUUAAUCUGUCUAUUGCCAUUUUGCAUUUGCUGCUUAUUGUUUGCCAGUCGAAUAUGCAGAACACUCACAACAAUUAAUGCAAUUUGUUAUAGUUUUUUUUUCUUCUUUCUUAUUCUUUUUUACAUUUUAUUUUUUAUUUUUUUGCAUUGGGUUGCAUACAGGGGGCAAGCUUCGUGUAAGGUCAAAGGGAAGACUUGGCUAUAUAGCAUUCCUAAAACUGCCGGAGGUGUUCUUCCAGCAAAGCUAAGGUGCUUGGUGAGAACCUUCCAUUGUUCGGACAUCGCAGCUUUUACUGGCGGGAGUACCGCAGUCUUUUGUGCGCUUUUUCGACGCUUAUUUUUAUUUUAGAUAUCAAACAUAAUAUUGUAUUCACACUCGGGCGUUUAGCAGAUGCCGUUAUCAAGUGCUAGUUACGAGUGAAAUAUGAAAAAGCGCGUGAUGACUUUCAGUUAAAAAGCAUACGCCGCAGUGUCGAUGAAAACCACGCUGCAUACGACACAAUGCCAUGAGAUACACCGCAAUAUUCUAAAUAGCAUACUAUAUAGACGUGCACAUCACUAAUUUACCGUACCGUGUUAAUGCACACCACACAGCAUAUUCUACAGCAUUUACUUGCGCGCGCCGCAUACACGCGUGCACUCCAUAAAACUUUGCGCCGCGUAGCCAGCUGUAUUAGCAUUCUGACACGCUGACAUCAGGAUGCUCCAUACGUGCUCGCCAUUUUUUUUUGCACUGCUUUCAAGGUUCUGUACAGCACUACGCGUGUUAGCCUUGUGUAUUUCCAUAGUGAUUACGGUUAGCUAAUUGUAGAUUUUCUCCCGGAAGGAAGGCGCAAGGAGAAGUUUGCUGUCUGUGAUGCAGCUGAUCCUCGUGCCUUGCGUAAAGACUGGACAUUUACAUUUAGGCAUUUAGCUAACGCUUUUAUCUAGAGCUUUUUUUUUGUUCGUUUUUUUUUAAAUUUUUUUAAAGAGCAUAUAACAGUGCUAGCAAAAUAGCGCUAUUCCUAGAACUGGACUUCUCCUGGCCCUACCCCUUCCCUUCAUACGUGCAAUGUGGGCGCAGGUGCGUGGCGCGCUAUUGGGCCCGCUGCGACGCGCGUUGACGGCGUGCUCCGCGGCGUCGCCCGCCUCGUCGGGCAGGCCGCAGGUCGCCAUACCUGACUUAUUGAUACCUUUUUCUCAAUUAGCGUUGGACCCAGGCCUGGAAUAUCAGGUGCAUGCCAUCUCAUCCAUAUAAUGGCCCCCGGUAAAUAAUUAAGGGCCAAGAGGCAAUGAAUACCAGGGGACCCCUGUAGCCCUCUGAGGCUGAAAACAGCCCAUUCUUUUGACUGGAUAACCUUCUGUCUCCAGGUCCCUAGAGCUAUCAGAGGGACACGCCCGCGGCUGAUCCCACUAAAUGCGCCUUUUAGCGACACACUCCUGGCUAAUCCCGCUAAAUGCUCUCCUUCGGUGACACACACCCUUGGCUGAUUCCACUGAACGCACUCCUUCAGUGACACGCUCCUAAUCACCCCCCCAGCGUUGCACGCGCCGUUCUGGAUCCAAGCUACACACAGCCCCCCCUCCCCCUCACAUUACAAGUGUCCUGCACAUCGCAAACAUUAUCCUGACAUCCAUCCACUCUGACACCCAUGCAUAUAUGCACGCUGACGCCGGGACACCGCAGUUUCCAUCCAGCCGCAGGGACUUGGGAUUGCAUACGACGCCCCCGUGUCGUUUUACCGGACGCGUUUUUCCAGCGCUAACUUGCGUAACCGCCCCGACGCGGGCGGCGGCUCGGGGUCCGGGGGGGCGACCGGACCCCGAACUAAAUAUACGCACGCGCGACUCUUUGGCCCGGCGCUUACGGCGAUGUACCGCACCGCUGCCCCUCCGUCCCGCUCGCCGCCUGAAACACUAUACCGCGCAUUAGCUUCGCCCUAAAUUAGCCGCACGCUAAGCUUUCCCCCCUCCCUCCCCCCCCCGCGCGGAGCUGGACGUAUAGCUUUACGGCUCCAUACCUGGCCUGUCGCGUCUGGCUGUCUGGGCCUAUCCCUAGCCACUGCACGUGUAGCAUUAGUAGCCUGCCCCACUUCUGCCGCUCUGUGUCGCUUUGCGUGACACGACCGCCGACGCGCUCCAAAUUGCCACGUUGCCAAAUUGUCUGUAAACCACUCUUGCUUGCUGAAAUACAGACAGGCUGACAGACACUCGGUCGGAGACGGGGAUGGAGGCCGUUUCAAUUUCAAUACACACGGUUGAGGAAACGAACCGAAAUUAAGUCAAAAUUAAGCGAUUAAUAAUUUAAAAUUAUGUAAUUAAUUGGGGGUGGGGGGGGGGGAGGACACCCCCAGGUAACAACAUUUGGGCCUUUUUUUUGUUGCAAUUUAUCAAUUGAAAUUUUUGACCAAAUUAAAGUGGAAUUGAAACUCCAAACCCCUGGACUGAGACCGGAGUUAGGGCUGACACCCCAGCUCAGACACAGCCCCCCCCCACCCGCCCACCCACCCACCAACCCACGCCAAGACCACUGCCUCCAUCCGAGAAGAACCACUAUGCCCUGUGUAUGUGAUGUACGCGUUCACUGUGCUGUGACUGAUGUGCGUUUGCAGUGCUGUUUCAACUGGCCGUAGCACGGCAUGUGUGCACCCCUGUGUCUGUUAAAGCAAAUAAUAAUAAAAAAAAAAUAACUGUGAAAACGCGA